GGAGCGGGUGAGUCAGCGGGGCCGCCCCGGUGCCCCCCCCGGUGCCCCCCCGGGCCCGCCCCCGCCGUGCCUAUCCCGGGCGGCGCCACUCGCCGCCACUGCCCGCGCCGCGCCGGACCGGACCCGAGCCCCCCCACCAUGCCGUCCCAGCUGGAACACGCCAUGGAGACCCUGAUGUUCACCUUCCACAAGUACGCGGGGGACAAGAACCACCUGAGCAAGGAGGAUCUGCGGGCGCUCAUGGACAAGGAGUUCCCGGGGUUCCUGGAGAACCAGCGGGACCCGAUGGCUCUGGAGCGGAUCCUGCGGGACCUGGAGCAGGGACGGGACGGUCGCGUCACCUUCCAGGGCUUCUUCUCUCUGCUGGCCGGACUCACCAUCGCCUGCAACGACUAUUUCGUGCUGCACAUGAAGCAGCGCGGCCGCAAGUGACACCCGGGUGACAAUACACCCUGGGGACACCCCCACCCUGGGGACACCCCCCUUGGCGACACCCCUGACGCCCCCACCCCAAUAAAGCUGUUUUGUAUGACGCUGGA